GGAAGCGCUGCACAGAGGAAAGAAAAAUGGCGAAUCUCAUGGAGGCAACAACAAAUCAGCAGUUUGAAGAUUUCCUAACCAAAGCUGGAAAAUGUCUCACCGUAGUGCAUUUCCAGGCGGCAUGGGCCCCUCAGUGCGGCCAAAUGAACGAAGUGAUGGCCGAGCUGGCCAAGGAACACGCCGACACCACGUUUGUCAAGCUGGAGGCGGAAGCGGUGCCGGAGGUCUCGGAUAAGUAUGAUAUCGCCUCUGUCCCCACUUUUCUUUUCUUCAAGGGAGGGGAGAAGGUGGACCGCCUGGACGGGGCCAAUGCUCCGGAGCUGACCAAGAAGGUGCAGCGCUUGGCAGUCACCGGGAGUCCGGGUGGUGCUGCGGAAAGUACCACCACAGACCUGAACCAGCGGCUGAAGAAGCUGAUUAACGCAGCGCCCUGCAUGCUUUUCAUGAAGGGAUCCUCGCAGGAGCCCCGCUGCGGUUUCAGCCGGCAGAUAGUAGGCCUGCUGAAGGAGCACAGCAUCCAGUUCAGCAGCUUCGACAUCUUGUCCGACGAGGAGGUCCGACAGGGGCUAAAGACCUACUCCAACUGGCCCACCUACCCUCAGCUGUAUGUGAAUGGAGAGCUGGUGGGAGGACUGGACAUAGUGAAGGAGCUGGCUGAGUCUGGAGAGCUGGAGAACACCUGUCCAAAGGCUGUCACCUUGGAGCACCGUCUGAAGACCAUCAUCAACCAGAGCCCAGUCAUGCUGUUCAUGAAGGGCAACAAGGAUGCUGCAAAAUGUGGCUUCAGCAGGCAGACACUGGAGAUUUUAAACGGUACCGGUGUGGAUUAUGACACCUUUGAUAUUCUGCAGGAUGAAGAGGUGCGUCAGGGGCUCAAGACCUAUUCCAACUGGCCAACCUACCCCCAGCUCUACGUGAAAGGAGACCUGAUCGGUGGUUUGGACAUACUCAAGGAGCUAAAGGAGAGUGGAGACCUAGUAUCAGUGCUGAAGGGGGAGUCUUAAAGUGGAUUUGCUAUGCCAUCAGAGAGGGGAAACAAAAAGCCACUGCACAUGCCCAGAUCGGCUUUGUGUCACUGUUGUAACAGUACAUGUGGACCAGGAAGUGAAUUAAACAAUUUAUGAAGAGAAAUAUUAGAAUAAUCAAAUUGUUUCGCAUAUACCCAAACUGUUGUAGCAUUCGGAUGCAUUCACAUUCUACUUAAAGUAAAAAAAAAAAUGAAACUGCAGUUAAUGAGAAUUUGCUUUUAGUUUUCAUUCUGAAGUUUUGCUCAUAGUAAUUAUUGAAAAUGCAUUAAGAAACAAGAAAUGUUUCAAGUGAAAGUAAAGCGAUCCCUGUUGUUGGUAUACUUUUAUAAAUCCCUGUCUGACUCUAAGAAAAUACACAGAAAACAGCAGACUUUUGUUCAUGUUAUCUGGUGUCUGCAUUUUUGUGUGUUACAUUCGUCCUCUUCCAGUAUUCACAGCCUCACACUUCGGAACAUGUUUAUAGUUAGUGAAACAUUACUUAUCCACCCUCAAACUUUCCAUGUCAUCCUGUCCACAGUUUCUUAGCCUGAAAGACAAAAUAACUAUUAAACUUUAUCCAAUAAUCACUCUGGUUUAAAUAUCUUAGAACUAAGUCUAGGUGGCACUUACUAAUUCGUUGUUCAUCAAUAACGUGAUUAAACAAUUAAAAAAAAAACUUAA